AUGAUUUAUGAUCAACUGGAUAAUCGAAUCGAACUUCGAGAAUCUGAUUCAAAUCAAGUCGAUUAUGGAAUAAAAGUUGGAGUAUCUUAUUCAAAUCAAGUCCAUCAUGGAAUGGAACUUGGAGUAUCUGAUUCAAAUCAAGUUGAUCAUGGAAUGGAAGUUGGUGUAUCUGAUUCAAAUCAAGUUGAUCAUGGAAUGGAACUUGGAGUAGCUGAUUCAAAUCAAGUCGAUCAUGGAAUGGAACUUGGUGUAUCUGAUUCAAAUCAAGUCGAUCAUCGAAAGGAACUUCGAGUAUCUGAUUCAUAUCUAGUCGAUCAUGGAAUGGAAGUUGGUGUAUCUGAUUCAAAUCAAGUCGAUCAUGGAAUGGAACUUGGUGUAUCUGAUUCCCCAUGUGAAAAUUUAAGCGAAAAAGCUAGCUUAAAGUAG